GGCUCACCAAUGUGUGUCAUCUUCCGUAGCCAGUUACGCAGAUAGAAAAGGCUCGCUUUUCCAGCUUUGUUUCCUUAACUUUUCCCAUUACUUAGGAACUGAACCCAAGGAUAGAGUCAACUCAAUCACCCGUUAGCGGACUCAAUUUAUUCACAGAUUAUACAAUUCUUUGCUUUGUGUUUGUGUGAAUUUCUCCUCUACGUGGUUGUUUCUUAGCAUUUAUUGUGAUACAACAUGUUUUCUCAACGUCUUACCACUUUCAAGAGCUUUCCUCUCAGCAAAUCGUGUCGUAACGUCUUACGCACAAAUCCAUUGUUCGAAAGUAGUGCCUUACCAAAUCGCUGGUAUUCAAAUAAUUCCACAACAUCAGGCAGUGAUCAGCCUCUUCAUCGCAUACCCGCUGAAGAGGACGCAAUUUCUCCAAAAGAUAAUGCUAGUCGUGAUAAUACUACCGAUUCAGAGGCUUAUGUUCGCUCCGAUUGGGAUAAUACGCCCAUCGAAGAACUAGAGCGAGAGACUGCCAUCAAGAGCAAGCAUCAACGUUCUGAAAAUAUAUCCGUCAACGACAGAAAGAGUCCUCCUUCGGUCGAUGAAUUAUAAAGAUUGCUGCCGCCUAAUUUUUUCUUUGUAAGUCUUUGCGCUACGAUGUUAUGUUUAUGAAGAAUUAUGAUUGAACUCCUUUUUUAGCUAUGGAAUAAUGAAAGGACCUUUUGAUGUGAACGUUUUAACAAAAAAUUAACGAAUGAUACACUCAAGAAAUAUUCAAUAACGUAUAUAAUCUCAUCUCAUAUACUUUUCCACAUACAGCAGCUCUAAUAGUUCAUUCAUUCAUUCCACCAAUAAUUAAUUAACAAAAGUUAUUCGUCAUGGAUCCACAUCCAGUAAAACAGGUGAUCACAUAUUAAGUUAUCCACCUUUCGCUUCUUUUCUUUUGCCUAUAAUCCUUCUACUUUUUUAU